UCUCUCCAUAGCCGCUCUCCAUGAAGCAGUUCCUGGACUUCGGAUCAGUAAAUGCUUGGGAAAAGACCUCAUUUAUGUUUUUGCGACAAGAGUUGGCUAUUAGAUUGGCAAAUAUAAUGAAAGAAAUAAGCCUUCUUCCAGACAAUGUUCUCAGGACGCCAUCAGUACUGUUGGUACAAAGUUGGUAUAUACAGAUUCUUCAGGAGCUGCUUGAUUUUAAGGACAAAAGUGCUGAAUAUGCUAAAAUUAUUUAUGAAUUCACAGACACAGUGAUAAGGAUGAGAAACCGGCACAAUAAUGUCAUUCCAACCAUGGCCCAGGGUGUGACCGAAUACAAGGAGAGCUUCGGGGUGGAUCCUGUCACCAGCCAAAAUGUCCAAUACUUUUUGGAUCGAUUCGACCUGAGUCGCAUUUCAAUUAGAAUGUUACUCAACCAGCACUCUUUAUUGUUUGGUGGAAAAGGAAGCCCAUCUCAUCGAAAACACAUUGGAAGCAUAAAUCCAAACUGCGAUGUAGUUGAAGUCAUUAAAGAUGGUUAUGAAAAUGCUAGGCGGCUUUGUGAUUUGCAUUAUGUAAAAUCUCCUGAACUAGGACAGACAAUACAAGUGGUUUAUGCACCAUCUCAUCUCUAUUACAUGGUGUUUGAACUGUUCAAGAAUGCAAUGAGGGCUACCGUGGAGCACCAUGCCGACAAACGUGUCUAUCCCCCUAUUCAAGUUCAUGUCACACUGGGUGAGGAGGAUUUGCCUGUGAAGAUGAGUGACCGGGGAGGUGGUGUUUCACUGAGAAAGAUUGACAGACUCUUCAACUACAUGUACUCAACUGCACCCCAGCCUCAUGUUGAGACAUCCCGUGCAGUGGCCCUGGCUGAUUUUGGUUAUAGACAGUACUCUCUAUGCACAGUACUUCCAGGGGGACUAAAGCUGUACUCCUUGGAGGGCUACGGGACUGAUGCAGUUAUCUAUAUUAAGGCUUUGUCAAGAGAAUCCAUCGAGAGACUUCCCGUGUAUAAUAAAGCUGCCUGGAAGCAUUACAAAACCAACCACGAGGAUGAUGACUGGUGUGUCCCCAGCAGAGAGCUGAGAGACAUGACCACAUUCUGA